CAAUGAUUAUCACAGGAGGGAUUCAUAUCGCGUGUAGUUUCCCUGUACCCGCAUUGCAUCCAAACCUUUUCAAAUUCCACCCAAAAUCGAAAACCUAAAUUAAACCUCUCAGAAUGGAGAGUGCCAGCGCCGCCGCCGUUGUGAGCGAAAGCCGCAGAGAAUUGUUGAGCGCCGAUACUAUCCAGCCGUCGUGGAGGCUCAACUUGGAUGCGUUCCGCUUGCCGGAGCGCGAGUCCGACAAUCGCCACUCCAGUUUCAACAUCCAGCGUCUCUUCAGGAACAAAAGAAAACAACGAAAAGUUGCCGAGUAUUACAAAAAGCAGGAAAAACUUCUGGAAGGAUUCAAUGAAAUGGAGACAAUCCAUGUAUCUGGUGCUUUAACAGAUGCUCUUACUGAGGAUCAACUGAAACAGCAUGCAAAGAGUGAGAGGCUAGCUGUUCACAUAUCUAACAUUGCCAAUCUGAUCCUUUUCAUUGCAAAAGUGUAUGCUUCACUUGAGAGCAGAUCUUUAGCUGUCAUUGCAUCAACCAUGGAUUCUUUCCUUGAUCUCUUAUCUGGGCUGAUCUUGUGGUUUACAUCCUAUGCUAUGAAAAAUCCAAACCAGUAUCAUUAUCCAAUUGGAAAGAAAAGGAUGCAACCAGUGGGCAUAAUUGUUUUUGCUUCUGUUAUGGCAACACUGGGAUUGCAAAUUAUACUGGAGUCUGUUCGGCAACUGAUAUCAAAGACUGGCCCAGAGAUGAACCAUAGCCAGGAGAUGUGGAUGAUAGGCAUCAUGGUAUCUGUAACUGUAGUGAAGUUUGCACUUAUGGUUUAUUGCCGCAGAUUUAAGAAUGAGAUUGUGAGAGCCUAUGCCCAAGAUCAUUUCUUCGAUGUCAUCACCAACUCUGUUGGAUUAGCCACUGCUGUUUUGGCGGUCCGUUUCUACUGGUGGAUAGAUCCUACAGGAGCCAUGAUCAUUGCACUUUACACAAUCAACACUUGGAGUAAGACUGUUUUUGAAAACGUGAGGUCGCUAAUUGGAAGAACAGCACCGCCAGAUUUCCUCACGAAACUGACUUAUCUGAUAUGGAAUCAUCAUAAGGAAAUUCAGCACAUUGACACAGUAAGGGCAUACACAUUUGGCACUCACUACUUUGUGGAGGUUGACAUUGUGCUGCCGCAAACUAUGAUGCUGGGCGAAGCACAUAAUAUCGGCGAAACGCUACAAGAAAAGCUGGAGCAACUUUCAGAGGUGGAGAGAGCAUUUGUUCACAUUGACUUUGAGUUCACUCAUAGACCGGAGCACAAGAGCCAAGUCUGAGCAGCUAAUAAUUUAAAACCCUCUGCCUUCUACUUUAGUAUUCGUUUAGGUUUUAGGCUUCCUUGUUUUAAAACAUAUUUUUGUCUGUUAAUUGAUCAGGUUUAUAUUGCAUAAUCUAUAUUUCGUUGAACCUUUAAUAAAAGUGUCUGGUUGGCUUGGA